GGCAAGGAGGGCCGUUUCGCCACGCGUUUCCGUACCCUGCAUUAUACAUUGCAGCCGAGUGCACGUGACAGCGGAACAAGCGCAGUCUAUAUGCAUCCGUUGCUGCGGAUGCGGCGGUAGAUGUAUGAAACGGCUUUCGCCGACGAUAACGAAGCGAUCGUUCCUCGCCGCGUUACGAAGGUUAAGGUGCGAUAAGUGCUGCCCAUUAUACGCGACAGUGCGUGCAGGGCUCAUUUUAUCUCUCGUUGACGCUGAUCUAGGCAAACUGUAAAGAAAGUUCGGUAAAGAAAGCCACAACGCUCUUUCGCGUACGUAGGAUUCGUGCCCGAAGACACGCCAUGCCGGAUCCUGGACAGGGACGAGUGCACCGUUUUCGCGACCACGUCGUCGCCGGCGUCAACUGGCGACCGACGCGGUUCGUCGACGAGGUUCCCAGUUCACGUGUGUGCGGCCUCUGCCGUAUGAUCCCGAAACUGACGGUGCUGUUGCCGUGCUCGCACGCUCUGUGCCAAUCUUGCCACGCAGGCAGCCUCGAAGGGGGCGUUGGCCGGUGUCCAUUGGAUCGAGAGGCAUUCGAAGAAUCGGAGUGCGUCGGUUAUGAAUUCCCUGCCAGGAAAGCAAAUGCCGUGAUGGCAUACUGCUGGAACGAAGCUCACGGCUGCGAGUACACGGGCACCAUGGACCGCAUGCUGGAGCACUUCGAGAACGAGUGCACAUUUCACGCCGUGGACUGUUUGCGAUGCGGCGAGGGAGUCAAGCACAGAGAACUGGCAACGCACUACGUGAAUGGAUGCAGUGCCGGUGUUUCUGCCGCGAUCACGGAGUCCUCGGAGCAUACAGCACCGACCCUUGCAGACGUGAACGCUGCCCUUGAAGACGUGAAGGCGAGGUUGGGAUGUCUCAACCAUGACCAGCUGCUGCCAGUGAUUCAGAGUCAGUUGAAUGAGCUUACAGAACAAGCCAGAAACCAGGAAGCCAGGUUAGCUGGGAUCACUCGCGAGCUCGGAGCAUGCGAGAACAACUUAAAGGGCGAGAUUUCUCAAAUCGCCGCCACGAUUUCAUCGACCGUGUCCCGUCAACUCACAUCUCAGCAAAGUCCAUUGGAGGAAGCGAGCACGUCGAGGUCGCUGUCGUUGCACUCGGGACAGGAUCUGAUACUUCGAAAGUUGGAACGUUUAUCGCACCUGGAAAACUGGCGGAAAACUUCCCCGAAGCCUGAUUUCGGCCGUGUCAUUCCUCAUUGUGAGACUUUGUACAGCAGCGUUUCGCAUUUGACCAGUGCGCUGUCGGCACCCGCUUCAAUUAAAGGAAUUGGGAGCGUGAAUUAUCUGCUGACCCUAGAAAACUGUGAGGAAAUCAUUGAGUGGCGGGGAGGCUUAAAACAGGUUGCCGAGAUUAGGGUGUGGCACAUGAGGGACACGUACUUUACGAUUGCCGUUUCGAAGCAUUCCCUUACUACAAUUACUAACCUCUCGAGGUUUAGUCUUAACGUAACACCUACACCUGCCCUCGUUAUGCACAUCGAGUUUAACGGGACGCUGGCGGACUCCAAGUGUUGGCCGCCUUUCUGGAGUGUGUCCGCGGUGCAUCCAAGACCAUUCCAUUUUCUACGUUCGUUGACUCCCGGUGUCAUGCGUUGUUACUGCAACCGCGAUGACCUCUCACUGCUGCACUUCCACCUCCAGUUUACUACAGACAUUGCCUCGCUGGAAAACGGCGGCUACCUCCGAGACGGAAAGAUAGCGUUCGAUAUCCAUCUCAGCGAUACAGAUCUGUUCGGUGGGAUCAGAGGAGCACCCUAACGUUCGUCAUCGCAGAAUGUGUACGGCACCGGAGAAUCCUCCUCGCCACUUCACAAAAUGUGUCACAUGAGCUUAACGAAUGUUUUGAUCUCCUUUUUUAUAAAUAAAGCGGGCUCUGCGAAAUUUCUUUUUUUAAAUUUGCUAUCCUUUCUAACUGUCAACCUAUUGUUUUUCUUACUCUACUGGCCGUUCAUAUUGUUUAUUUCUUGUGCUAAUACAGUUUUUUCUUGCGAAA